UUCUAGGAUGGAUGCGCUGGGAUACAAUGCCAUACGUUUGAGGCUGUAAAUCGUUUCCCGCGGGAUAAAUCAAGCGAAAAUGACAAACCUAUCGGAGGGAAUAUGUGUGUCUUGUCUGGCAACUUUGAGUAUAUCGUAUCAGUCAUUGCACGGGGGGAUCAAGCAGAAGCUAUCGAAUCCCGUUCAAAAAUAUCGCAUCCGUGGACAACAUUCGCCAUUUCAUCGUCCGGUAAACAUGCGUCAGCAAUCUACUAAAUCCACUUUAGACGAUCUGACGGCAUUUGACUCAAGGUAGAAAAGGACGGCAUGAAAUAUAAUCCGAUACUUCGUCAAAAUUAAUCAGCUUACAUUGAUAUUUGAUUGACAAUCUGCAUGUUGUAGAUGCGGCUUAUGUACCGUGGAUAUAAUACACCAGUUAUACCGCAUUAACUACAACAAAUGCUGAAGCACGUCGAAAUAACGUGGAUGUGGCGCAACGGCUAAACAACAAUUUCAUCACCUUCUAUCGAACGAGGGAUGAUAAAGACCCUUUUACUAAAGGCAAAGUACUAGAUAACAUUUAUUCAACGGGGUUCUACCACAUUCAAAAAACAUACCAGGCAUAACAAUUAUCUCAUCC